CUACAUAACCGAAUUGAAGCGCGAAGGUCGGGGAAUUUCGACUUUCGUUCGGUGGUAGCUAAUAAUAUUGAUCUCCUAUGGCAUCAAGCACAUAACCUCGGAGAAGGUUAUGCGGAUCUUAAAUUUUUUAGUGAUGAAUUCUGCCCCAUGUUGGCAAAUGCGGUGGGCGGUUCCAAUACAGGCGAAAAAACUGUUGUGACGCCGUUCGUGCACAAAUGGUUUGACGAUAUAUUUCCGCAGCAUUUGAUGCCACUGGAAGCCCCCGAUCAGAAUAUAGAAGCCGAAAGUUGUUGUGAAGGGGAAUACAACUGCACACCAUAUUUGGUCAUUCAGAGUGACCAAGAGUACCAACAAUAUAAGAUAAUCGAUCACUCGAAAACCCCCUAUUUUGAGUGCUGUAUGUCAGAGGAAGAUCAACUCUAUGAAAAGGUGACAAUAGACGGUGUGACACUUAAUGUUGGUGACGCGGUCGAAAUUCAACCCGACGAAUCUUGCAGCAACGACCGAUGGUUAUGCUACAUAACCGAAUUGAAGCGCGAAGGUCGCAAUGGGGUGUUUCGUUUGGUAUGGUUGUACACCAGAAAACAGACCAUCCUAUGUAACCUUAAGAAGGAUGUUGGCAAGAAAAAUAAGAAAGAAACGGAUGGUGCAUUCCUGACGUUUCAAAAGGAGAUGCUCAAUUUCAAAGGCGAAGGCCUGAUAUGCGGCUGUAAACGUCGCAGGACUUCGCGUUUCGACAGGUUCACUCGUGAAUACGAAGUAGGGGAUUGUAUUUUAAUCAAUCCCCAGAAAGGUGAUAUCACCGACUUGUACACCGUAUGCUGCAUAGAGUGCAUCGAUACCGAUAAUGAAAUUGUCAAGUUGAGGAGGUUUUAUCGGUUUUGUGAAGUGUCCGAGAAAAAUUUUCGGAAAGUGCCGGUCAACGAGUUGCUGUACUCCGAUUAUGUGUUUGAUUUCAAUCGUUAUCGGAGUGUGGUCCGUGCAUGUCACGUGGAAUUCAUAGAAUUUGGAAAACCGUUGCCCGUAAACAUUUUGCAUAAAGGAUCUGGAAAUCACUUUUACUUUUCACGAAAAUACGACAGGGAAAAUAAGUCAAUAAGGCCAAUUAAAUUAAGCAAAACAUUAUUUUCAAAGUUUCCGGAUUAUAAUUACAAAGUCGGACACAUCGACAGACUUAAUGGCCUGGACCUUUUCUGCGGCGGAGGUUCUCUGGGUCGGGGAUUCGAGGACGCUGGUGUCGUUAAGUGUAAAUGGGCCAUAGACAAAGACUCGGCCGCUCUCAAAACUUAUCGUCACAAUGCACAAGGGGACGAUAUUAAUAUAAUUAAUGAAAGUGUCAAUAGAAUAUUAACACAAGCCAUUCUUGGUACUGGUGAUACUCAAAUUCCCGACAAAGAUGAAGUAGAUAUCAUUCUCGCGGGGUCACCAUGCCAAGGUUUUAGUUACAUGAACAAACAUAAAGAGAAUCAGAAAAGUCAAAGUAACAAUUCUCUAGUUGCUUCCGUGGCUUCGUUUGUGGACCACUACCAACCUCGAUAUAUUUUGCUGGAAAAUGUAGCGAGGAUUGCGCAAACCGAAGUUUUUAUGCGACUAUUUGCAUGUUUGCUCGAUUUAGGCUACCAAAUUAGGUUCAAUGUCGUUUCGGCCGCACAUUUAGGAUGCGUGCAAAUACGAAAUCGAAUAUUUUUAUGGGGCGCCGCCAAGGGAGAAGUAUUACCCGAAAUGCCGCCGAUGACUCAUCAUUAUUCAAAACGUUCGUUGAGUCAUAGAGAAUUAGUAUCUAUGGGUAACACCCUCCGCCUUCAAGGUUUUCAAUGCGAAAAAUAUUCAAGCUUCCCAAUGGUUACCAUUAAAGAUCUAAUUGGUGAUCUUCCUGAGAUAGACACAGGAAUUUAUUGGGACCCGGCAUAUCCCGAUCAUCGAACGCACUAUACCAGUUUGAAAUCCAAGGAGAUACUUCGAAGGGUUCCAAUAGAUCCUCCAAUGAGUGACUACUAUUAUGCGCGAAAACUUAAUAUUAUUCCCAAUAUUCAUUCACACGCGAGCUACGACGCAAAAAUGAAGAAAUAUCCAUUAUGCAAUUAUAAAUAUUGUCAACGUGUUGAUAGGGAUGAUGUUUUCAUUACUAUUUUCGGUCAACCAUUUAUAUUAAUUCUCAAUGUUUUGAAGUAUCCACAAAUUGUCCAUUACUUGGAGCCACGUGUGAUAUCUGUCAGGGAGGCAGCUCGUGCGCAAGGUUUCUUGGAAACCGAUAUUUUGUGUGGUCGAGUUUCGGAUCAGUAUCGAGUCGUAGGUAACUCGGUCCCACGAAACGUCGCUUUUUCUCUCGGCUUACAGUUAUGCCGUGCGAUGACUGAUCCUAAUCACAAAUCAAAUCCAAGAAAUCUUCCGAUAAUUGAUUGA